AGUAAAAUGUAAGUACAGUAAAUGAACAAUGAUAUAGUGGAGUCACGGACAAAGAAAAAAGCAGAUUCCUCUUGGGGGGGCCACACUCAUCAGCCUUCACUUUCCAACUAUCAAAACUCCAUUUGGUGAAUAUCUAUCAGCAUUCACGCAUAGCACCCUUUGGUUUUUCUGUGCAACACAACUUCCUUUUCCACAGAGCAAAAAAUGGCUGAAAUAUUCCUUGGUGCUUUCGUUAACGUGCUAGUUGAUAAGUUAGCAUCCGGUGAUCUGUGGAACUUUGCACGUCAGGAGCGGAUUGAUACUCAGCUGACGAAAUGGAGCAACAUGUUGGCACAAGUUCAGGCGGUGGUUGCGGAUGCUAAGGAGAAACAAAUCACGGAUCUGGGUGUUAAUUUGUGGCUCUCUGAUCUUGAAGACUUGAGUUAUGAUAUGGAUGACGUACUGGACGAUUUCGCUACUGAAGCUUUGCGACGGAAGGUGAUGGAAGAGCCUCGAGCUAGCACCAGCAAGGUACGUAAACUCAUACCUAAUUGCUGCACAAGUUUCAAUCCAAGCACUCUUGUGUCUGAUUUUAGAAUGAGGCUCAAGAUGGACGAGAUGAACGAGAUCACUACGAGGUUGCAAGACCUUUUUAAUCGGAGAAAGGGGCUUGGCUUGAAAAACAUUGCUGCAGGGGGGUCUGGUCAAGCUUCACAAAGACAACCCACUUCGCCUUUGAUAAUUGAGCCUUGUUUGUAUGGUAGGGAUAAUGAUAAAAAGGCGAUAAUAGAGUUGCUUAUGAGUGAUCAAUCUGGUAGUAACAAAGUUGGUGUAGUCCCGAUUGUGGGUAUGGGUGGGGUCGGCAAGACCACCCUUGCUUAGAUGGUCUACAACGAUGAGAUAGUGGACAAGCAUUUUGAGAUGAAAGCAUGGGUCUGUGUAUCAGAAGUGUUCGACAUUGUAGGAGUGACAAAAGCUAUUCUUGAGUUUGUCACUAAAAGCCCGUGCGAAUUUAAAGCCUUGGCUCAAGUUCAAGAUGUGCUAAAAAAGGAAUUGGCUGGGAAAAAGUUCUUGAUUGUUCUUGAUGAUGUGUGGAACAAAAACCAUGGUGACUGGAGCAGUUUAAAGAGUCCUUUCAAUGAUGGGGCUCCGGGACGUAAAGUCAUUGUAACAACACGCAAUAGUGAUGUUGCAUUUGUAAUGGCUGGACCCAAUAAAUAUCACUCCCUAAAAGAACUAUCCGAGGAUGAGUGUUGGUCUGUGCUUGCACAACAUGCAUUUGAGGGUAGAAGCAUGGAUGCAAAUCAAAAUUUGGUUUCAAUUGGUAAGGAAAUUAUGAAAAAAUGUGAAGGUUUGCCUUUGGUAGCUAGGACACUCGGUGGCCUUCUACGGUGCAAGUUGACCGAAGAUGAAUGGAAAGGAGUAUUAAAUAGUAAAAUAUGGGAGUUAUCAGAAGAGGAAAGUCACAUUCUUCCAGCUUUGAGAUUAGGUUACUAUCACCUCCCUUCGCAUUUGAAGAAGUGUUUUGCAUAUUGUUCCAUUUUGCCAAAGGAUUACAAAUUUGAGGAGGAGGAACUAGUUUUCUUGUGGAUGGCAGAAGGCUUAAUUCCGAAGCAAACAGGGGGAAGGCAAAUGGAAGAUCUUGGUUGUGAGUACUUCCAUGAAUUGUUAUCGAGGUCAUUUUUUCAACCAUCAAGUAGUGGUGAACAAUUUGUUAUGCAUGACCUCAUCAAUGAUUUGGCUCAAUUUCUUGCAAGAAAAACUUGUUUUAGGCUAGAGGAUAAGCUGAUCAAAGAGAGUGAAGGAGAUGAAAGUAUUAGUAAGGCUCGGCAUUCAUCCUACUCACGUGGGUAUCGUGAUGGCAUAAAGAAGUUUGAGGCCUUUAAGAAAGCCAAAAAUUUGAGGACAUUUUUACCAUGUGGGCCUAGAUAUGAAUAUGGGUCCUACUUGACUAGUGACGUUCCCCUUCGUCUAUUACCAUGUCUCAAACGUUUACGUGUGCUUAGUUUGCAAAGAUAUCGAAUAGGUGAACUUUCCAAUUCGAUUGGGGAUUUGAAGCAUGUGAGGUACCUUGACCUUUCAUGUGCCUUGGUUUUAAUGUUACCAGAAUCAAUAGGCACUCUCUACAACCUACAAACGCUAAUUUUGAGAGAUUGUAAAAAUCUUAAGAAGUUGCCUGCAAACACUAGUGACUUGAUUAGUUUGCGUCAUCUUGAUGUUACUGGUGCACAUUCCUUACAAGAAAUGCCACCAAAAAUAGGAAAAUUGACAAGUCUCCAAACUUUCUCAAACUUCAUUGUUGGCAAUGGCAACGGGUCCAAGAUAACUGAGCUGGGCAGCCUGAUUUAUCUUAGAGGGACACUUAGCAUAUCAGGGUUGGAGAAUGUGACAGAUGCUCUAGAUGCGAGGAGGGCCAUCUUGAAGGAUAAACAAGGUUUAAAUGUGCUAAGGAUGGAGUGGAGUAACAUCUCAGAUAAUUCUCACAACGAAAAUGUUGAAUCACAAGUGCUUGAUAUCAUCUUUCAAAAUUGUGAAAAAUGCACUUCCUUGCCACCUUUGGGGCAGUUACCCUCACUUGCAAAACUCUACAUUCAAGAAAUGAAGGCAGUAGGUAAUGUUGGACUUGAGUUCUAUGGCUUGGGCUGCUCAAAUCCUUUUCCAGCUUUGGAGAUUUUAACCUUCAAAGACAUGCCCGAAUGGAAAGAGUGGACUUCUUUUGGAGUCGAGGAGGGAGCUCAAGCAUUUGCUCGGCUAUCAGAGCUCUCCAUUAAAAGAUGUCCCAAGCUUUCGCAAGAGUUGCCAAGAAAUCUUCCUCGGUUAAGACAUCUGGAUAUUGAGGACUGCCCGGCGUUAGUGGUUGCGUGGAUCCAAAACCCUCCAGAACUGAAUGAAGUGAGAAAUAUGCUUCACUUUGAUUCACUCGUGUCCUUGCAUCUAUCAAAUAUUUCGAUUGCCGACUCCUUGGGGCUGACGGGACUCCAAGAAUUAUUUCUCUGCGGUUUCGAAGAACUCACAACAUUGUGGGAGGAUGAGGUGAGACUACAAAACUGUCUCCCUGCCCUCCGACGUCUCACUAUUGUAGUCUGCCCCCAACUUAUUUCCUUGUUUGCAGGAGGAGAAGAAAGAGAUAGCCUCAAAUCUCUUCAAGAGCUUUUCAUCUCCCGGUGUCCAAGCCUCACCUCUUUACCUAUCUUGCCGUCUACGCUGAAAGAGUUGCAGAUUCAGAACUGUGAUGGGCUGGUGUCCCUGCCUGAUUUGACGUUGUUGAAUAAUCUUGAGAAGCUGUACCUUUUAUCCUGUCCAUCCCUGCCGUGCUUAAGUUCCGGAAGUGGGCUCCCGCCGGCUCUCAAAGAACUGACGAUUAAUAGGUGUGCAGAGCUAAAGUCGCUAAUAACAGAGGAGGGGAUUAAGAUCGAGUGUCCAUCUCUUGAAUCUGUUAAGAUCUGGGGUUGUAAUCGCCUCAAUACCCUACCAGAUGUCAUGCAAAAUAAUAAUGGUCUCAAGAAUCUCAGUCGGGUGGGGAUAUGGAACUGUAAGAAUCUAGAGUCCCUUCCGGAAGGAUGGUUUCCCACAACCAAUUUCAGGUAUUUUAAUAUCUAUAGCUGCGAGAAACUCGAGCCCCUUCCAAACCACGCGUACAACAACCGCCUCGCUUCUGUUGAAGAGCUGUCCGUAGGUGGUUUUCCUGCGGGUACAGGACUCCUCUCCCGCAUUCUGGAUGAAGGAAGUUCCUCCAACUUUACCAACCUCACUAAACUUACCAUCUAUGAUGUCGACAUCGGUAAGCUGUGUGGCUUGCACCGAUUGUACUCUCUCAGAGAACUCUCCCUCGAGAAUUGUGAUUGGGUGUCCUUUCCAGAAGAUGGGAUGUUGUCGUUUCCUUCCUCUCUAGUUGAACUGCGCAUCCAGAGCUUCCCAAAUCUGGAGAAGCUAUCUUUGAAGGACUUUGAAAUUCUCGUCUCUCUUGAACGACUUGAAAUCAGAAAUUGCCCCAAGCUCACGUCCAUUUCAGAUCUAAGACUGCCUCCCUCGCUUUCGAAAUUGUUCAUCGACUGGUGCCCCAAGCUCGCAUCGUUUCCGGAGCAAGGGCUGCCUCCCUUGCUUUCGGAUUUGUGUAUCUCUGGCUGCCCCGAGCUCGCAUCGUUUCCGGAGCAAGGGCUGCCUCCCUCGCUUUCUGAUUUGGUUAUCUAUAAAUGUCCCAACUUCGCAUCGUUUCCGGAGCAAGGGCUGCCUCCCUUGCUUUUGCGUUUGCGGAUCAUAGAAUGUCCGAUACUGAAACGACAAUGUGAAAAGAGGAAAGGCCCAUAUUGGCGCUUCAUUGCACACAUUCCUGAAGUCGAGAUAGACCAUAGAUUCGUCUUUGACCCAAGCAGCUAA